AUGGUAUCAGAGAAUUCAUUUGCCGUAACAACAAACAAAAUUUGCAACGACCAAAUCCGCUAUAAAAGGGACAAAGUCUGGUUAUCAAACAGGAUUAAUAAAAUGUCCAAAACUAAUAAAACUGAAUUAAAUAUAAAUCAAGAGGAUAAAGAUAACGAAACAGAUAAUACAAAAGACUUAGUCAGGAAUCUUCUAAAUGAUAUUUGUGAAAAUGCAAUAAAUACGGUAGAAUCGGGUACAGUGAUGAUUCGCGGUAAACACAUAAGUCUUCAAGAACAAGCUUUAAAAACGAAUAAUAGACGGGUUUCUAUUUUAGAUGACGACAAAGUAGAUUUAACUGAAUGUUGUAAUAAUUACGUUAAAUUGCAUAGAAGAACUGUUAGUGAAUGUUACAAUCAUGACAGUAGCUACGUUCUAGAUGAAAAUGAUAACAAUGAUUAUACUAAGACGACUAAAGAUACCAAAAGAACUAAUGAAAAAGAGAAAAAGAAGAAACGGAUAUCAUUCCACUCGUUAUUUGGAAAAAAAGACAAGAAACCCAAAGAAAGUAAGGAAGAGGAAGAGAAACAUGAUAAUCUAGCUCAAUUACCAGUCUUUAAUUCUAAUACUUUAGGUAAAAGUAAAAAGUAUGCUUCUGCUCUCGAACUUAGCCACAAAACGGUACUCCAAAGAACUCCAUCGUUUAUUAAAAAACUCGUACAUAUCAGUGAAGAACCAAUUACUAGUUUAAAACGUUCGUUGAGUUUUCGUGAUUUACAUAAGAAGCCAGUGCGGGUGGCUUCGCGUGAGAAAAUGACUGAGAAAAGGAAUCAAGAGUGGAGGCAGUCCCUUCAAUCUUUAGUAGAGAGUGAUAUUACUGUUAGUUAUAAUGACCUGAGCUUUAUUAACUAUGAUGCGUUAAACGAUAUUAACUACGAGCCAGUAGCGUUAAGGGCUGGAAAAGGCGAUAAAGGAUAUAUUGGACGGACACAAAGUAUGAUUGAAAAGUCCCCCAACUUAAGAAGACCAGCUUAUCAGCGACUGUCUUCAGUGAAUGACUCUAAUUGCCUGGGUACUGGUUUACCAAUAAGUUCGCCAACACAAUCUCUUCCUUCGCUCCAUCACUUCAACCAGGAUGUUGAAAAUAUUUCAGAGAGUGCAUCGUCGAUCCAUCAAUAUCGACGUCGUCCUCAGAGCAUCAACUCGGAUGACGGAGGUAGUGGUAUUGGUGUCAGUAUUGGAGGAGGAGACACCGACUCUCGUCGUCCUUCGUCUUACAGCACCGGAAGUUUCAGGUCAGCCGGAAGUGGUUGUGCCAAAUUAAAAAGACACAACGCAUGCAGACAAAAGAAUCGAGAUCCAACAGUUUUCAUCGACAGAUAUUCCACAAGAGAAAAUGACAAAACGGUUCGAUCUCGUAGCCUAACGCAUCUAGAUAAUUUAGAAAUGCGACAGGGAGUCCCUCCUUCGACUGAUGUGGCAUUGAAGGACUCCAGGUCUGAACCGGAUUGUACCAAACCCUUACUGGCAGCUCCUUCGAUGAGUCAUGAGCCCCCUACUCCCACUACGAAGGUUCCUCCUGGGAGAAAGCAUAUGCUUAGUAGAUCGCAGAAAUCGAGUAGCGAAUGUUUUAGUGUUAACUUCGAAGUUGGAGACGAGAGCACUUGGGAUAAUGAAUUGUUUUUUCCAGCCCAAAGGGGAAUUACUUUACACGAUUCCUUGGCGAAACUUUGUGAACUUCGAAAUAUCGACCUAUCCGCUUGCGAUGCUCGAUUGCAAGAUAAAGAUAGCAACUACGAGAGUUUUAUAUUAUUUUCUCAAGAUUCUGCAAAUCUUGUCGGAAGACACGUUAGAAUUACAGCAAAAGACUUAAGCAAUAAAAAACCAACUGGAUCGUUUUACACGAAUCAUUCACGAAAGCAAUCUGGGAAUUACCGUCCCCGAACAACAAGUUUUUUUAACUCCAGCACUGAAGACGCCAACGUUGCCAGUUCAACCCUUUCCCUGCACGAUGGCGACCAAAGCAAAAAGCAAAUAAAGCAACGACUGACGGCCUUCUUUGGCAACACUAAGGAUACCAAAUACGAAGCCCUUAUAGACCAAUUAGAUAAAUAUUCGAAACAAGGAAUUCCUCAUAUAUUGAAGUAUCCUCAGGGACAAUGUGAAUCGAUAGAUGCACUGUACAAACUUGAAGAUGACUGGCGUGAAAUCAUAGAAUACAGCGAUCUCAACGAAAAACAGCAACAGCAACAAACGGCCCUAUGGGAACUAAUCAAAACAGAAGUUGCUUAUAUUAAAACUUUAAAAGUCGUAACAAAUCUUUUCUUGGCUUGUCUGAAAGAUCUUCAAUCACGGAAUCUAUUAAAAGAAAUCGACACUGACAAACUUUUCUCUAAUAUAACUGAGAUCCUGGAUGCGAAUGUUGUCUUCUGGCGAAAUACUCUGUUCCCGUUGGUGCGAGAUAUGCGAAAAUAUAAGCGAUCUUCCUGCAUAGAAAAUAUGUUGGAAGGAUUCCAUAGCAUUCAGGAUAUUUUUCAGCCCUACUACAAAUAUUGCGCGGAACAGUCUCGAUGUCAACAUUACUGUAGAGAAAACCUUGACAGCGAAGUGUUUACUGCUUACUUAACAUGGUGCGAAAGCCAGAAGGAAUGUAACAGAUUACGACUUAUGGACAUAUUAGUCCAACCUAUGCAACGACUGACAAAAUAUGGCCUUCUUUUAAAAGCAAUUCUAAAAAAUACGGACGAAGAUGUCGAAAAGGAAAAUUUACAAACAAUGAUAAAGAUGGUUGACGAUUUUGUUAAUAAUGUAAAUUCAAGUUUAAAACACAAACAAGAUAAAGAACGACUGAAAGGUAUUAUAGCCAGGAUCGAAAGUUAUGAUAUCGUUGAAUCAAAAGACGACGACAUUGACAAACUUCUAAAGAAAGAAAAAUCUUUAACGCAACUCGAUUUAACAAGGCCGAUGUUGAAUUGUCCUGUUGAGAGAAAACGCCAUCUGUUACUGGAAGGUGAUCUAAAGCUAAAAGACAGCGGAGCGUCCAAGAUGGAAGUCCAUUGUUUCCUCUUAACAGACAUGCUGUUAGUUUGCAAGCCGUCGACGAAGAAAGGUGGCGCCACCAUGCGUGUAAUUCGACAACCUUAUCUUGUAGACCGACUGGUAGUGUCAGAAUUACACAGAGAAACUCCCAGUUUGGCUAUAAUCUACAAAAAUGAAUUUGAUAUGGCUGUCGCUGCAUUCAUUCUACAGAAUAACGAUGCCAAGAAAUUAAAGGGAUGGAGAGAGGGAAUAUCAAAAGCACAAACGUUAUACGCACAAGCGAAACAAUUAAGCUACAUAGCCGAUGAAAGUAUUGAUACCGACUACAGUUUCGACUACAAUUUGGAAAACGACUAUAGCAGUAUUCAACUAAUUCCCAGGUCUCCUUUAGCUACCUCUUCUAGAGCUAGUAGAGUUUCUAGUUUAGCACACAGCCAUAGUGGUUCAGUAGAGAUGAACGACCAGUCUUCGGUGGGUUCCAUCAAUAACCAAUCUCGAGCCGUUUCAGUAGAAAACGAAAACAGAACUGGCUCACUAUCGAGUGAUGAAGGUGUUCAACCCAUCCCGCCUGACAAAAGUCCAGUCACCCAAAAAAAUUCCUUCAAAACCAGGCUCUUCCACAAAACCCCAAACACACUCUCUGUACAACCAUACGGUAGCCUAGGACAGAGCCUGCCAAACCUGACGCUAGGCUCGCCGAACGUCGGUAACAUGAGUCUGAAUUUAAAUCAAAAUACUCUGUCGGUGCCCAGCGGUAAAAAUGGGAGCCAACUUUUGAGUCCUACUCACAGGGGUAUUUCCUACCCUCCUCCGUCUCCUACUAGGGGAAAUCUGAGGCGAAGUUUAGCCAUUUCUCAGAGUAAGAAUCCGCCUCUGAUCAAGACGAGGCAAGUCAAUUCUGCGUCAAGUGUGAGUCAACAAUUUGAUUUCGAUGUUCCAGUGAUAGCGGGUGUCUCCCAACACGAAGAUGACUGUGAGUCUUUAAGUAGAGGGCAACACCGUCAAGCAAUGAAAAGAAGUUACAGAUAUCAUACAGCCGGGAUUGUGGAUGACAUAAAAAAAAAUGAUAAUCGAGACGCUUCUGUUCAUAAACGACUAUCCUGGAACUGCACAGGUCAAGAGCAGAAACCCCCCAACGAGGACCAGACCUAG